AAAACACGCGCGGGGGGGCGGGGGGAAGCAAGUGUUUUCUGGUUUGUGUAAACUGAGGUGUUUCUUUAGCGUUCGUUGCUUCGGUCAGCUUCACGAUAAUUAGUAUUUUGUUAGUAAUCAGCUAAUCAGCUAGUAAACGUUUUGUUUCCUCUACACAGACGGCACGGAAAUGGCCACCUCGGAGGUCCAGCAGAAAAGUGGUGCACUGCCUCUCUCUGCCCUGCGCCUCGUGGUGCCGCCGCUGCGCCUCAUGUCUGCUUUCCUCUGGCAAGUGGUUCAGCGUCGCAACGUCACACAGUACGGCAAACUCGAGCAGUUCGUCCUGCUGGUGUCAGACACAGUGCCAGACAUCAUGAGUCAACAUCUGCUUAAUAAGCUGGUCUUUCUUUUAAGGAAAAAGGUGAUAUUGGAGCUCUGUUUUAAAGACCAAACACCUGAUGUGUGGAUCAUUCAAGCGCAUUUGGACACACUACGCAACCUGACUAACAAAAGCAAUGACAUAGAGAGUGAAGUCAUGAAUAACAUAUUUAUAAAGACGAUCCAUAACAUCUUGGAGGACACCGAUAAGAGGGAGAGCUUCCUGCAGAAUGUUCUUCCUGUAGAGUAUGGCUCUGGAUAUGAUGCCAUCCUGCAGAGCUUAGCCUGGGAGUUCCUAACUCGAGUGGAUGAACUCCUGCCUGUGCCGAACCUCAAAGAGACAGCCUCAUGGCUCUGUGGCGGUCUGGCUGCCAUGGAGGACAUCGUCCAGCCACUCUCUGACCCGGUGGAGCUAAGGGACGUGCUGCAGCAUUUCAAAACCAAGAGGCAUAAAAACAGAAACGAACCAGACUUGUCUUCUGCUUCCAUUCAACAAGAGAUGGUGUUGCCUGCCAGUUCUAUCCCACAAGAGAAAAUCUUGCCUCCCUCAUCCAUUGCACAAGAAACCUUCAUAAUCGCACAAGCACUUAGCGAAAAUCAAACUGAAUCUGACUGUGCAGCAGCCACUAUAAUGAGCCCCGCCCAAAGCGAUACCGAGGAGACGGAGCCUUUGGACAGCGUGGAAACUGAGGUCGAGACAGAACUGCAAGAAGAGGCUGUUUACCAAGAGAGCAGUACAGGGAUGUGUGAAGUCCAGCAGAUCUACCUCACUGCAGAUGGCUCUACAGUUAUCGUUUCAGAAUUGGACAAUGGCGGAGAGGACGCCUCUCAGCUGCAGUUUCUAGAACAGUCAGAAGGAGUGGAGACUUCUGAGGUGAGGGAAAUAAGCAUGGAGGAGUGGAUCUCGCAAAUCGCUGGGAAAGUUCUUCCUCUGUCGGUCAUGCCCCCUUCCACUAACGUAGACGUCCUUGCGGAGGAAACGGCGUUCAUUCCCAUUAUUGAAAGACCCCCAUCUAUAAAAUCCAUCAUCAACAGAAAAAGCCCCCCUACUCAAGCAACGGCCAGCAGAAAGGUGAUCACUUUGCCCGCCGAGUCUCGGGCGAACCAAGACUUGGGUGAGAAAAAGCACACGUGUUGUAUGUGUAAGAAAGAGUUUCGUUACGAAUGUCAGUUGAAGAGUCACAUGCGCACACACACCGGAGAAAGACCGUUCCAGUGCUCGGACUGCGGCAAAAGCUUCCGAUGUCUCAGUUUCCUGUCCAGCCACAUCAAAACACACUCACUAUGCAGACCAUUCAAAUGCACGCAGUGUGCCAAGAACUUCCGCAAGAAAGCCGACCUCAUCAAGCAUGUUCGCGUGCACACGGGGGAGAAGCCAUACAAGUGCAAUAUCUGUGGUAAGAGCUUCUCUCAGAGCUCAUACCUGAAGAUUCACCGCGAGUGUCACACGUCGGAAAACCUGCACCAGUGUCCACACUGUGACAAAUGCUUCCCUACCGCGUUCAAACUGGCGGUGCACAUCCGAUACCACUCAAUGGCGCGCUCCUACAUGUGCAACCUGUGCGGCAAGAGCUUCAUCUACGCCAGCCUGCUUCGGAGACACAAGGGCUAUCACGUGGGCGAGCGCAAGUACCUGUGCACCAUAUGUGGCAAGUCCUUCGUGUACAUGUUCGACCUGAAAAAGCACCAGCGCAACCACGAGAAGCCACGCGUGCGUAUCCCGUGCAGGUUGUGCCACAAGACGUUUGCAGGGCCAGAGAUGCUGCGCUGCCAUCUCCGCAUCCAUACGGGAGAGCGGCCCUUCGGCUGCAAGGUGUGCGGUAAAACCUUCUCACAGAUUGGCAACAUGAAGAGGCACGAGCGUGUGCACACGGGAGAGCGGCCGUAUGUCUGUACCGAGUGCGGGAAGACCUACAAGCACUCGUCGCACCUGAAGAACCACAUGCUGAACCACACAGGCGAGCGGCCGUGGCGGUGCACGCAAUGCGGCAAGAGCUUCAAGUUCCAAGGGCCACUGAAGAAGCACGAGCAAACGCACCUGGCCGAGCAGGCCGAACAAACACGAGGGCGCAAAAGGCACGAAACCAAAAAUCCUUAAAGGGUGUGAGCACCUGUUAUAAUAUUAGCAGGGUUCUGAAUUCCAGUUUGAAGUGUGUACAUAUAUCAUAGUCUUCAUAUAUGAAGUCAUGUAUAUCUCCAGAAGCUGGAUCAGCUUUCCUAAAGGUCAGAGCAGCGUGUAAGGACAUGGGAAAGGUCACAAAAUGGUGAUGUCUGGUUUAAAGGAAAUCAGUGCUGAUUAGUAAGCGAGUUGAUUUCACUUAAGAGAUAAGUGGAAGAUCAACGAUAAGAUGGAACCUACCAUAGAAGUCUGGUGGCACCUACGGAUAUAAGCAUAAACUGCGUAUAUAAGAUCUAGUAUUUCAGAUUUUGGAGUAUUUCACACGUGGGUGCUUUCAUACCUACAAAGCAUAUUUUCAUAUUAGUUAUUUGUUUGUUUAAUUGGAACUAUUUCUUUAAAGUUCUGAUCAGAACCACCCGUUAUACUAGAUCUAUUUUUGUAACGACUGCUUUAAUCAGGAAAAACUGAGGAUUUUCUAUAUGAGGAACAGUGAUCAAGAUGAAUAAAUAUUCCCAUCUCA